AUGGCCAUGGCCUGCUCGGCUGCUUAUUGCAAGCGAUGCGGGGUAUUCGGUCGCGACACCGAAGGGUGCACCGAGGAAUGCAAACGGUGCGGCGGGCGACAUGGCACGCGCGAGUAUUUUCGCAAGCGCUCAUACGUCGCUGCAGCGCGAGGCUUCCCGUCAGAGAUCAGAAACAUCACCAGUACGAGUCAGCCUAGUACCUCCCGGGUACCUACGGGGGCAGCAUCGACGUCGGGGCUCCAAGUGUUGAGGCCAAGGUCACGCCCUCCCACGCCAACGAACGCCCCGGAUCGCUGGGAGCAGGAGGAACCUCGGGAGAGGGGAGACGCACGCGGCGCCUCCACGUCCCCCGCAACCAUGGCAGUACCCCCCGACGUUGUCGACGAAACGAGCAACACAAGCUCUGAGGGUGACCAGGGAGAGUCGAGCGGGCUCGAAUCCGGCUCCCCGGAAUCGUCGAGCGACUCGUGGGACCCAUCACAGGCGGAAAGUGCGGAACAAGAAGUACCUGGAACCGCACAGAGCCCUGUCACCGACGAGCCUGCGUUCCCGGGACUCGGUGCGGAGAACUUCCCGCCGCUGUUAUUCGAGCCCACCUCCCCCCCCAACCCGGACGAGUUGCCCAUCGUGAGCUGCGGCCGUUAUGUGUUACCCGACGCCGAACACGGGCCGACAGACCCGAGCUCCUCCGCUGAGAAGCAACCACCAGGCUCAACUUCACCCGCCCCUGCUCCCGCUAACGCCCCUGCACCGCAGCCCGGGCCCGUUAGACGCGACCGUUCGCGUUCAAGGUCUCCGUUAAGGGGAGGAGAUGGGCCAGCUGGAGCGCAGCCGAGCCACCCCUCGAGCCUCGACAACAAACAGCGCCGGCCUAAAAUGCAUGGUCUUAGCAGCGACAGUGACGCCCCUCCCACCGCGAAGUCACAGAAACUGGAUACGGCCCCUUCGGGGAAAGGGCACACGCCGCCAAGUGCUGGCGGUAAACGUAACUGA